CCCCACCCCCAGCUUGCAAACAAUAAUAUUCUCACUUCUCUCCUACCAUUCUCCUAAUUAACUCAUAUUUAUAUCGUCGAUCAACCCUAACCCCACUCACGACUACUUUUCAUCCUUGCAAUGACAAUUCUUCCCUGCAUUCAACUGUUCAUUCUACUAAUUUCCCUACUGGGGUUUUUUUUAACAUAAGUUUCAUAUGAUGGGAUUAGAAAGUUAUUAUUACUAAUUUUUAGAUUCAUCACGUACGACGUGUAAAUUGAUUCACUAGCACCUUCGACAUGGAUUAAAUUACAUGAGUUCAUAUGAUAAUUAAGAACGUAUCAACUUUGUUAACCUAGCUUGGUCUUUUUUUUACUUGUGGCUUAAGGAAAUAUGUUGCUAUAUGUCGCACGGGAUGAUCUAAAUAUGACAUAACUCCAUAUGAGUUGUUGAUUGUGAUAAUAACAGUAAUAAUAAUCAUCAUGAUGUGAUUGUGCGAUUGAUUUAUGUGCACCUAUGGAAAAAAUUAAAAAAGUCAUAUAUAUGUGAUAAGAAUUUGUUUGUAAUAACUUACCAAAAAAGAAUUGGGUUGUAAUAAUAGUUUGAGUUGUUGAUAGAGAAAUGUUGAAGAGUGAAUUGUAUAUUAUGUUUUUAACAGCGCUUUAAAUGAAAGUUACGAGGUUAAAGUUUGUACUGGUCUGUCAUAUCUUUUGGCUAAAUCAACUGUUAACAUUGUAGGUUGUGAGGAUAGAACAGAAAACUACUCGUUUAAAAGCUCUGAUACUAUGGAAAGAAGUUAUUGGGCUAGUGUCAGAGUCAAUAAAUCUAAUAAGUGGUUGGGGUUAGCAUGCUAAGUGCUAACACCUAAUUUGUUAGCAUGGUACACUAAAACAAAUCAAUAGGAAGCUUCCAAUUUGCUUAUUUUCUAUGUUUAAGGGGUUAGUCAUCACAAUUUCAUGAUGAUUUUAGAGGGAGGCGCACGCUUGUCAUUUUGGUAAAUUAACUAAUCAGACUAACGUUUGUAGUCCUCUUGUUCACAACUCAUCUUUGUUCACAUGUAUUACAUCCCUAACUCGAGCUGAUGUUGGAGAUCCAAGCGAAGGCUGACAAGAAGCGGAGCGACAAUGAUUGUGGAGAUUGCACUAGUGAUCGACAAGGAGCGGCGGUGUGCGCUAGUUGUUGAAGUCGCACGAAAUAUUUUUUUUCCAUAUUUCAGUCUUCAGAGGAAUUGUGGCGGCAUUGGUGUUGGAUAUCGCAUAGAAAAUAACGAGCAGCAACAGUGCUGGUGUUGAAGAUUGAAAUCGACUGAUUUUGUUUUCACAAGUUGACCACAUGUUUCUUGAAGCAUACUAUAAAACUCAUAAAUCUUACCACAAGUAUUAUGAUGCAGAUAAGAAAAAAAUCAUAUCAGACCAAAAUCACGACAAGCUACACCACAAAACUCAUAAAAUAUACCAAAACCUUAUAAUGCAUACUAGAAAAUAUAGAAAACACACCACAUAUAGUACAAAGCUCAACACACCACCAAAUUUAUAAAGUAGACCAAAAACCUCAUAAAAUGACCACAAGUUUGAUAAACAUAUUAGAAAAUUUAUAAAUAUGAAAAUCACAUCACAAAACUCACAAAUAGUAUAAGUUUUAUGAAGCAUAUCAAUUAACCAAAAGUUAACCACAAUUUUUAUGAAGCAUACCAAAAACUAAUGAAGCUUACCACAAAUAUUAUGAAACGGAGCAUACUAGAAACAAGACAAAGUACACCACAAAACUCACAAAUUAAAGUAGAUAGAUAAAUGUAGAAAGCAUACCAGAAAUAUAUGGACUUCGCCACACUCUUCGUGCUUGGUCUGACGAGCUCAAUUCCUUUCUCCUUGUACAUGGCUUCGUCAGAAUCGCUUCUGAUGCGUCAUUGUUUGCCUACUCCGAGUUCUACAAGGAUGAUCUUGCUCUGAUGCCCUCCUUGUCGCUUUGAAAGACGUCCACAAUACCAGUCACCAUUCCACGAGAUCGAGGCCAUCUGUGUCCUCCGGAACUGCCCCAACAUCGUCGUCCUCGAAUUCCUCAGGACCGAUUAGGCAACAGUCAUCCAGGACGGGAAGAAGAAGGGAGGGAUCCGUCGGCGAGGUCAAGCGAUGGAUGAUGUAGAUUCUCUCCGGCCUCGACGCUUGCCACCGGAAUAUGGUCCUCCAUCGCGAUUUGAAGCCUGGCAAAUUGGGGAGGGGAAGGGGGGGUUGAAUCGCGGCUUUUAAUUAGGGUUUCAUUUCAUGAAUGUCCGACUUCGAAUUGGGUACUUUUGACUAUGCAAUUGCUUAUCUCCUUAACCUUGUCCUCGAUUUUGCGUAUGCCUCGUCCAAAUGUUGUGGUCGAUCUCGAUGGUAAGACUAUCUCUUGCCUGAGGAAGUUGCCUUCUUCAACUGGGGAGGAAGGUGUUAGGAGGGAACGAGAGGGAGGCGUCGGGAAGAGAGGGAGAAGGAGAAGACGACGAUGGUGGUUUUAUGGCGAGAUAGUCGAUAGAGCUGGAUGGUGGUUCUCAGGUGUUGGCCUUCAGCGGCGGUUGCUGUAAGGAAGGGAAGGGUUGAAGAUGAAUGAGAGAGCGUGGAAGGGGGAUAAGAAAGCUCUAAUAGGAGUUCCAUUUGCUACGUCAUAAAAAAAACUGACAGAGUUUAUGGAGUUUGAUGAAGACUGACGGUCGGUGAUUAACGAUGUAACAAUUUGUAAAGUUAGUGAUCAAUAAUAAAGAAAAGUAAUUCGAGUAACAAAAUUGAAAGAUUUAU